AUGCGCUGGGAGGCUCUGCGGUCGGUCGGUGGGGUUGCCCUGGGGCUCCUGCUCCAAGGGCGGCCGGCCACAUCAGACAUCCCCAUUGAUAUCACAUCAACUGACUCACUAAAAUCCGCCGGAAAAGUCAUCGCCGCCCCAAUGAUGGAAUUCUAUGCACAAAAUCAAACGGAAGGAAUUCCGGGGAAACUCACCGACACGUGGUACAUCGCCGGCGCGAUGUUCAUGACGCUUAUACAAUAUUGGCACUCGUCAGGCGAUGGUCAAUAUAAUUCCAUUGUAUCGCACGACCUCAUGUUUCAGGCGGGGGAUAAUUUUGAUUUUUUCGAUUCGAAUUAUAGUCAGUGGUUGGGCAACGACGACCAAAUGUUCUGGGGUCUCGCAGCAAUAACAGCAUCCGAAACCGGGUUCCCCGAGAUCGCAGGAAAGCCCACAUGGACAUCCCUCGCGCGAGCCGUCUUCAAUAUGCAGAUCAACCGCUGGGACACGAGUUCGUGCGACGGGGGCAUAAACUGGCAGAUCCACCUGUGGCAAGAGGGGAACACACUGCGGAACGCGAUCUCCAACGGCGGACUGUUCCAACUCGCAGCUCGAUUAGGCCACUUCACGAAAAACGAGACGUACUUCAAGUCCGCCGAGCAGAUCUGGGACUGGUCGGUUGAUUCGCCGCUCAUUCAGCCGGGCCAGGAUUGGCUUGUUGCGGACUCGACGUCGGGGGAUAAUAAUUGUGCGGAUAGCGAUCAUAUGCAGUGGACGUAUAACUACGGGUCGUACCUUGCUGGCUGCGCGUUUAUGUACAAUUCGACCGGCGAAGAAAAAUGGCUCAACGCCACAACAGGACUCCUUGGCCGGCUGGAGAAGCAGUUUUUCCCCGAGGAGUAUGGAGGGAAUGUCAUCUCCGAGGUCUCCUGCGAGAAACUUCAUACUUGCAAUCGGAAUAUGCUCUGCUUCAAGGGGUGGACCACCAUGUGGAUGGCGUAUACGGCGAUCCUUGUCCCACAGACGCGGGAGUCCAUUAUGGCGAAACUUCAGGGAUCUGCCCAGGCUAUCGGCCGCCAGUGUGAUGGAGAUGGAAGUGAGAAUCUUUGUGGAUUGCGCUGGUACCAAGACACCUUCGAUGGGAUCAGGGGCCUGGAGGUGCAGAUGGCUGCCCUUGGCGGCAUCACGGCUAACCUGAUGCUCAUGACUGGUACAACAACGCUGACGAUCGACACGAAUCCCAGCGCGGAGGAACAUCACCUGGAAACGUCGAGCGAUGACGACAUUGGACCGGAUGCACUACCGGUUAUUACUACGGGGGACCGUGUGGGUGCCUGGAUCCUGACGGGGAGUUGGAGUCUGGGGAUUGCUGCGGCGGCGUGGUGGUUGAUUAAACAAGAUUAG